AGCUAUAUUAAGCAAGUAGCUCGCUUUAAGUCGAAGCAACAAUGAACAGAGAGUCCAAAUGAUGAAGUGGUUGAAGAGAAUAUCUUAUAGAGGUACUGCAGUUACACCCAUAGGUGUUCAGAAAAGAGUUUCAUUGGAUUGCAAGUAUAGGUCUUAUGUCUUCACACAACUGCUAUGGAUGAUCAAGUCAUGGUGGAAGCAAGCCUCCAAAUGGCAAAGGAGCAGCAACAAAAGGUUCAGUUAUGAUCUGAAGAGCUAUUCACAGAACUUUGAUGAUGGGUCACUUAAAUGAUUUGCUUGGACAGAGUUUAUGACUCUCCUUUUAUGGUCUUCAUAAAAGGGAGAGAGAUGGGUUUUGAUAAGCUUUGGAUGGAAUGUGACUCGGCAUCAGUGGUCCAAGUAACAAAGGGUCAGUGCAUGAAAACUGAAAGCUUACCAACUAAGAAAUGGCAGGGGAAGGAGAGAAAUGGGUCAAGCAUUACAGCAGCUCCCAUAAGAUGUUACUGGUUGGAGAGGGUGAUUUCUCCUUCUCUGCAUGUUUGGCUAGGGCUUUUGGAUCUGCUAAGAACAUGAUCUCUACUUCCCUUGAUUCUGAAGAAAUGUUAAUGGUGAAGCACCCAACAGCAAAGGCAAACUUGAAGGAAUUGAAGAAACUAGGGUGCAUUAUUCUUCAUGAAUUAGACUGCCACACCAUGACUGACCACCCUUUUCUCAAGUUUAUGAAAUUUGACAGAAUAAUCUUCAAUUUUCCUCAUGCGGGUCUUCAGUAUCAGUGGGAAGAAAAUCAGAAAAGGCAAAUCAUGCUUCACCAAGAGGUAGUGAAGGGCUUCUUCAGGAUUGCACGUGACAUGCUUGCAGCCAAGGGGCAAGUUCAUGUGACCCACAAGACAGGUCACCCUUACAGUAAGUGGGAGGUGGAGAAACUAGCCGAAGAGGCUGGACUGUGUUUGGCUGAAGAAGUAGAAUUCAAAAAGCUGGACUAUCCGGGUUAUCACAACAAGAGAGGAUAUGGAAAGAAAUGCAACAGGACUUUCCGUGUGGGACUGUGCAGUACUUUCAAGUUCAUAUUGCCAAUCCAAACAGGACCUUCUGAACAGGUCGAUUAGUGUUCCCAUAUUGCUCUCAACAAUUGGUUUAGGAGUGGAAUGAGAAAAACUGAUUCUCACAGAAAUACAGUUCAGAAAUGGGAUUCGGCAUCAACGAAACCGGUUCAUCUAUGGCCUGGCUAAGCAAAAGUGUGAAGUACACAGACAAUAAAUCAAGAUGAUUAUUCAAUAAAAAUGAGAAUUGGUGAA